AUGACCGACCAACCUUCCCACAUCCCCCAACCGUCAAACGGGUCAGAGCAAUCCGUACCACCAUCAGCGACACCUGCCGAGACGGCCACCGAUCCCGCCGUGAAACCUGAACCCGAUAUCGACGCUUCCAUCGAACAAGACAUCGACAUGAACGCCGAACCGAGCCAGCCCGCCGCCGACGACAACGUCCCCGUCCCGGCCGAGGUCGAUCCCACGCCGCCCUCCAAGAAGGAGACCAGCUUGCGCGAAUUCCUGGGCAAGAUGGACGAUUAUGCGCCGAUCGAAACCACGGACAAGAAGCUAACGUAUCUCUCCACCUGUCAGAUCCCCGACGCAGUAACAGCUCACUACCUCACCCUGGCCGGCCUCCCUCCGCCCGGCACAGGCCCGAACCAAACCCCACCUCACCUCGCGCGCCUGCUCGCGCUCGCGACGCAGAAAUUCGUCUCCGAUAUCGCAGCCGACUCCUACCAGUUCGCCCGUAUCCGCGCAUCCAACAGCUCCUCCGCAAAUAACCCCAUGGGCAGUCUGACCGCCGCGUCUGGACUGGGCGGUCCCGCAGGUCCCGCGCCUGGCGGCGUGGCCGGCGGCGACGGCGCAAAGGGUGGAAAGGGUAGUACGCAUCUUGGUAUUCAGCGCGCUGGAUUCGGCGGUGGUGGCUCGGGUGGAACGGGACAAGGUCGGACGGUGCUCACCAUGGAGGAUCUUGGUAUGGCUGUUUCGGAGUAUGGAGUUACCGUCAAACGGGGCGAGUUCUAUCGCUAA